AUGCAAGGUCCAGCAGUUUUUAUGGAUGUUUCUCUUGAAGAUCAAGCGCUAGAACUAAGAAAAUAUUUCAAGAGUCUUGGUGCGGAGAUAGCUGAAGAGAAGUCUCCGAAGGGAAUAGAAGACGACUUGCAUAAAAUUGUGGGAGUUUGUGAUGUUUGUUUCAAGGAACCUAAUGAAGCUGAGAUUGAAGCUAUUCUCAACAGUAUUGUGUCCAUCAUGGUGUCGAUCCCAUUGGAGAGAGGAGAAAAUUUGAUUGUAGCCUUCAGUCAAAGGCUGUCAAAGGCACCAGGACCCAAGCUUGGCAUGGUGGUUCUACAGGCACUGUGGCGCUUAUACAAUAACUUGGAGGCUAACUCACCUCUCCGUUACCAUGUAUAUUACCACGUCAUAGAGUUGGCAGCGCGAGUUGGAUAUGUGCGUGAGGUCUUCACCAGUGUUGAGCAACUGAGGAAAGAGUUCUCCGGCUGCCCUCCCACCAAUGAACAAAUGCAAAAACUCUACAGACUGUUACAUCAAGUUCUCAAAGACCAGAACAGUGAACUGGCUUCAAAGGUUAUGAUUGAACUCCUGGGCACAUACACUGAUGAAAAUGCAUCAUACGCAAGGGAGGAUGCCAUCAAAUGUAUCUCCACCGCACUGGCUGAUCCCACUACAUUCCUUUUGGAUCCCCUCCUGUCCCUCAAACCUGUGCGAUUCCUUGAAGGUGAACUGAUCCAUGACCUGCUCACCAUUUUUGUGUCAGAGAAACUGUCUAGCUAUCAAACCUUCUACCAGAAUCAUAAGGAAUUUGUUCAUUCUCAAGGCUUGGAUCAUGAACAAAAUGUAAAGAAAAUGAGGAUAUUGUCCUUCAUGCAAAUGGCUGAAGUCAAUCCUGAACUCGGCUAUGAUGAGAUCAUUUCUGAACUCCAAAUUGAGGAGAAAGAUGUUGAAGCAUUCAUCAUUGAAGUGUUGAAGACCCGUUUAGUGCGCGCGCGUAUGGAUCAGAACGAGCGAAUCGUGCGCGUGUCGAGUACGAUGCACCGCACGUUCGGUCGCGCGCAGUGGCAACAGUUGCGCGACGUGUUGCUGGCGUGGCGCGGUAACGUACAGUCCGCACACGAAGCUAUGAAGUCCGUGGCCGCCGCACAAAUCGAAUACGCCACCCAAAACCAGAAAGCGUAA